AAUUGUUUUUUUAAUUACAUUCAAUUGUUUUUUCGUUUAAAAUUUACAUGUUUGUAUUAUGUCGUGAAGUAUACCAUUUUCAAAUAAUCAACAUUUUUUGUGCUAUAACCUAAUCGCCAAGACUAUUUUAAUGUUCAUUACAUGUAUCAUAUUACCGUACAAAUAAUUAUCGUUUGUUUAAUAUAUAAUCGUUUUAUCAAACAAAUCGGCGGGUAAAAUUUCAUGUACACGGUAUCUCAAAAUUGUGAGUGAACACACCCGGCAUCUUUGUUUUUAGUGUCGUGUUCAUUAAAAUUUUAUCACGUUCAUCUGUUUAGUUGUGUUUUUUUUGUUUUUCUUUUUAAUUUUCGUUUUUGAAAAUUGAAAAUCUGGCGGGUAAAAUUUAAAUACAAGCAUGGACGAGGAGGAACGGCGUUUUACAAAUAUGAGUGCCGACGAAUUUGAUCGGGAAACCGAAGAAUUAUUAGAUAAGGCUGGUGUUACACAUAGUGAAGUUUUAAAGGAUAUCACACAAGAGGACGAAGAUAACCUGUUGAAUAGUGUAGAUGAAUCAGCGGAACAAGAUGAUACAGAUAAAAGUACACACGAUGUUGAUGCUGAUAAACGAACCAGUGGCGGUGGAGAUGAUGACGAAAAUAGUCCAGAUAAUAAUUCACCAAAGAAUGAUGAUCUAGAAAAAUCACGAGAUCAGGCUGAAGAUGAAACGCCAGCUGAUUCCACAACCAAUGAAGAAACAGAAAAAUUAAAAGAUGCAUCAGAAGAUGAAUCAAAUCAAUCAUCGAAAAAUAUCGAUGAUGCCAAACAAAAAUUAUUGGAUAACGUCGAAGAGAACAUUCGGGCUCUGCAAUCGGAUGAAGUUACAAACUCGAACGAGAAUAAUGAAGACGAUGAGACCACAUCCGAAUAUGUGAACGUAAAUUCGAAAAAUGAUAAAUCGAAUACCAACGAAGAUGGUGCUACAAUGGAUGUGGAUAAUGAAGAUCCGUUCGGUGGAACCGAAGAAUCAAUGGAUGCAACAAAUGAUACAAAUGAUAAAAAUGAAAACAAUGAUAAUAAUGAUAAUAAUGAUAAUGAUAAUGAUAAGGAUGCUGAAGUCGAAGCUGAAACAGAAGCGGAUGCUGAAAAAGAUACUGAAGCAUCCGAGCAUGCACCAUCACCAACAUCUGAUUCACAGCAAUCGUCAGCGACAACAAAAGGUGCCGACGAGGAGCUAUGUAUUAUACCAGACACCGAACGUGAGAUAACACAAGCUGAAAAGGAUGCAGCCACUGCGAAAAAGAAGGAGGAAGGUACUACCGACAAAUCGAAACGUAGCGAAAAUGGUGAAACAGUAAAUGAGCAUUCAAUGGAUCAUGACAGUGCAAAAUCGGAUUCAGGAGCCGGGGAUGAUGUGACUAAUAAUAAAGAUGAUGCAGAACGUGUAGACGGCUUAUCACCGAUGGACACGUCACAGAUAGACGAGAAUAAUGUCGGUUUAAAAGAACCCAUCGAAUUGGAUGAUCGAAUUAGUAAAUUGGAGGAUGAAGAGGAGCAAGAUUGUUGUAAAUGUGGAGAGAAAAAGAUGUGUGCGUGGAAAUAUGUUGAUAAAGCGAAAGAAAAAGAGAGUUACUUAUGUUCUGAGACAUGCUGUAAACUAUAUUUAGGAUCGAUGGAUAAAUCAAGUUCAGCGGGGCAACAACGUGCAGCCAAUAAAAUAAAAGUGUCCAGAGAUAAGAAUGCCAUACGGGAACCGUUGGUCUAUGUUCGUAAAUGCCAUGAAUGUAAAAAAGAAAUUGUAAACGAGGAACGAAAUUUAAGUUGGGAAUGUAUGGAAUUUUGUAACGACGAUUGUUUGGCUAAAUAUCAAACAGCUGUUGGAGGACAUUGUGCUAAUUGUAAAGAUACAGUCCCAUUACCAAGUCUUGGUAAAUAUUGUGUAAGAUUUGGUUACGACAUCCGGCAAUUCUGUAGCAGUAGCUGUUUGGAAGAUUUCAAGAAAGGUUUAAAAGUAUGCAGUUACUGUCAGAAGGAUAUAUCUGGUGGUGUAGAAGGAUUCCUAGCACCGGUCGGUGAUAAAGGACAAUUUAAGGAUUUUUGUACGCAAUCAUGUAUGGAAAAAUAUGAUACGAUGAGUAACAACCAUGGCCAAAAUAAAACUGUCGCCAGUUGUGAUGUGUGCAGUAAUGAGAAGUUAAUACGAUUAGAAAUUGAAGUUGAAGGUGUCGUUCAUAAAUUGUGUAGUGAACCAUGUUUUGUGGCUUUUAAAUUUGCUAACAAUGUUUCACCAGAACAAUGCCAUAUGUGUCAGAAAUAUUUCGAACAAACAACUUUGGAUUACACGAUUUAUUUCGAUGAUCAACCUCAUCAUUUUUGUUGUAAAACAUGUCAAAAUGUUUACAUAAUUGCGAACAGAAAAAUAGUGCCAUGUCAAUGGUGUAAAGUGAAGAAAUAUAAUUUUGAUAUGAUCAAAAAAGUAUGUCUGAACGGAACCAAUUUAAUGAUGUGCUCGAUUAAUUGUCUAGCAUUGUACCAAGUAUCAAUUAAUGCUGCUGUUUCAACUCGAAACUAUCCAAUGAAUGUGAUGAGUUAUCCAAACCAAAUGAAUAAAACUCCAAUAUCAUUACAAACGCAAACAACAUUCGAAAAAACACCAAGCAGAUCUGUACAGAGUUCAACGGGGAGUGGACAUCAAAGUGGGGGUAGCCAAUCAAAACGUUAUACUACCAGAACUUCUAGAAAUUCGUCUUCUGGAAAUGAAGGCAAAAUAAAAAAUAAAUUUGUGAAAGACUUACAACAACCUCCUCCAAGUACCAGUCCACAAAUGCCGAUUAUCACAAGUGUACACUCAUUGGCGCAACCACAAACAAAUGGUCCGUCAACAGUGACACGAUCUUCGUCAAAAUCAACAGGAAUGCAAACACCAAUCGCACCAGCUCAACCAUCACCUCCAGUGACACAAAUCACACAAACAGCGUCACCAGCUACCCAACAAAUCAAACCCAAAUAUAUUCAACAAGUGAUUGUGAAACCGCCUCCAGUACCGGAAAUACGGAAUAAAUCCACGAUGUGUAAACCGAACAUGCAUACAAAAGGUGUUUCGUUUAAACCGCAUGUGAGCACAAAAGAGACACAAACCGAUGACAGUCUGGCGAAAACAGUGAUUGUGCCCGUACCCGUUCCAAUAUACGUUCCAUCACCGAUGGCAUUAUUUAGUACACCAUUCCCAGUGCCAGUUCCAUUCCCGUUACCCGUACCUAUACCAAUUUUCAUUCCAACAACUAGAAAUUCAGCGCAUGGUAUCAUGAAAGAGAUUAAGAAAAUUCAAGUGAAGAUACCAACUGAUCCAUUUGAAGCUGAAUUAUUAAUGAUGGCGGAAAUGGUUGCUGGCGAUAAGAAGGUCGACAACACAGACUCAGAGAGCGAAGAUGACGAUAACGGUGGUAAUGAAGGUGAUUUCAGUCCCGAAGCAGUGGAUACAAGCAAUACAUUUGGCGAUGACAUGUUACAAAUGGCAUUAAAAAUGGCAACAGAAUUAGAUGAGCCAGCUGUUGAUCUAGAAGGUGCUCUUACAGCGAACACAAUAACGGCUAGUCAAUCACAUGAUGGAGGUGCUGAAGAAGAGGAUGAUAAUCAACAUAUGCAUCAUCAUGCAAUGAUGGCAGAACGGGGUGGUGGUCGAGGAAGAAAACGUCAAGGACGAUCACCACGUGCAGGUGCUACGGGCAGUAAACGUGGACGACGUAUGAGCGGACAUUCAGAUAUGCCUAUGAUGCCACCACCACAAGCGACAGCACCGCCCCCACCACCAGAACCUGUAGAGAAACCUGAUGCAAAUAUGUGUCUAAAGUAUACGUUUGGUGUGAAUGCAUGGAAACAAUGGGUGACUACAAAGAAUGCCGAAUUAGAGAAAUCCACACUUCCAUUAAAACCAUUUAAAUCAGAAAUAUUACAAUUAACCGCCGAUGAAUUAAAUUAUUCGUUAUGUUUGUUUGUUAAAGAAGUAAGAAAACCUAAUGGAUCCGAAUAUGCACCUGAUACAAUAUACUAUCUCUGUCUAGGUAUUCAACAGUAUCUAUUCGAAAAUGGUAGAAUAGAUAAUAUAUUCACGGACGCAUUCUAUGAAAAAUUCACCGAAUGUCUGGAUGAAGUUGCCAGAAAGUUUUCCGUACUUUAUAACGAUUCACAUUAUAUCGUAACACGUGUCGAAGAGGAACAUUUAUGGGAGAGUAAACAACUUGGAGCACACUCACCGCAUGUACUUCUAAGUACACUCAUGUUCUUCAACACAAAACAUUUCAAUCUUACAACUGUUGAUGAACAUAUGCAGCUAUCAUUCUCACAUAUAAUGAAACAUUGGAAACGGAAUCCAAAUCAACCGGGUGCAUCCAAAGGACCCGGUUCACGUAAUGUUUUAUUACGAUUCUAUCCACCACAAUCAGCGUUAGGUGAUUCAGCUGACGCAAAUGCUCGAAAGAAAAAAGUAUAUGAACAACAAGAGAAUGAAGAAAAUCCAUUAAGAUGUCCUGUCAAAUUGUAUGAAUUUUACUUAUCAAAAUGUCCGGAAAGUGUAAAAACACGAAACGAUGUUUUCUAUUUACUACCAGAACGAUCUUGUGUACCAGAUAGUCCUGUAUGGUAUUCCACAAUGGCAUUAGGACGUAACGCAUUGGAGAAAAUGUUACAUCGUGUGAAAAUGGUGAAAGAAAUCAACGUUGCAUUACUUACGAGUUAAUUUUCACACAAAACACAAUACACCCACACACAUCAAAUCAACAAAUUUCCUCUUUUUUAUAUAUAAACAAAUUAUGAUUUUCUUUUUGUGAGAUCGAUUUCAGAUCGAAACUAAAAAUUAUGCGAGUGAACAAUAUUUUUUCAUAUAUU